AUGGCCGCCCCCGAGAGGGCUUCCCAGGACAGGAUUUCCCGGUUCGAUUACGAUUUGCUGCCGGAGCUGUCGGUGCUCCUGGGCAUAGAUGCGGUUCAGUUUGUAAAGGAAAUGGAAGAGGAGGAAGAGAAAGACCGCGAGGGGAUGGAGAGAGGCUUCCGCCCGCAAAUGCGCAGCGAAGCCAAGAGGCUGCAGACCUUCGUGACCUAUCACCCGUACAGCUCCUGGACCCCGCAGGAGAUGGCCGCGGCCGGGUUUUAUUUCACCGGGACCAAAAACAGGGUUCAGUGCUUCUGCUGCGGCUUGAUCCUCUGCGGCUCCAGGCUCCGGAGACGGCCCCUGGACAACCACAGGGAGUUAGGGCCAGACUGCGAGUUCCUUUCGGGCAAAGAUGUGGGGAACAUCGCCAAGUAUGAUGUCAGGGUGAAGAGUCCAGGGGGCGAGCUGAGCGCCCACCACGUGAGGAGCCAAGAUGAGGAGGCCAGACUCGGCUCCUUCCGGCUCUGGCCCUUUUAUGUCCAAGGGAUAUCCCCGCGGGCGCUCUCCGCCGCCGGCUUCGUCUUCACGGGUAAAAGGGACAUUGUGCAGUGCUUUUCCUGCGGUGGAUGUUUGGGAAACUGGGAAGAAGGAGAUGAUCCUUGGAAGGAACACGCCAAGUGGUUCCCCAAAUGUGAAUUUCUUCAAAGUAAGAAGACUUCAGAAGAAAUUAUCCAGUAUAUUCAAAGCUACGAGGGAUUUGUUGACGUGACGGGAGAACAUUUUUUGAAGUCCUGGGUGCAAAGAGAAUUACCGAUGCCGUCAGCUUAUGGCAACGACAGCGUCUUUGCUAACGAAGACCUCCGGCGGGAUUCCUUUAAGAACUGGCCCCACAAGUCACCUGUAGGGGCUGCGGCUCUGGCCCGAGCGGGUCUUUUCUACACAGGUAUAGAGGACGUCGUCCAGUGUUUUUUCUGUGGAGGAUGUCUUAAGAAUUGGAAAGAAGGUGAUGACCCCUUGGAAGAUCAUACCAAGUAUUUUCCCAAUUGUCAGUUUCUCCAAACUUUGAAGUCUUCUGCACAAGUGGCUCCAGACCUUGAAGGCCAUGGUGAACUUCCUGAAUUAACGGAAUCCACCAAGGGAAGCAGUCCCAAGGAAUCAGUAGAAUUUAAUUCUACAGGGCCAGGAAGCACUGUGAAAGGAUUGAAAUCUGGGAAUCAGAAGGCCACAGCAGGUCCCAAUCCACCCAUAGCGGAUGGGCAGAAUGGUAUUAGGAUUGAGAGAUGUGCACGUGGUGCCCAGCCGUGCCCCUGUCUUCCCGCCACAGAGAGGAUGCAGGGUGAAGCCCAGUGGCUUCAGGAGGCAAAGAGUCUGAGUGAGCAGCUGAGAGCAGCCUACACUGACGCCACUUUCCGCCGCAUGACUCUGCUCGAGGUCUCCUCCAGUCUAGCCACGGACCCCUUGCUGGGCUGUGACCUGUCCAUUGUCACAAAGCAUGUCAGCAGCCCCAUGCAAGAGCCUGUGGCAUUACAUGAGGCCUUGGCCGCCUUGAACUCUGUCAUGUGCGUGGAGGGCGAAGCUGGCAGUGGGAAGACGGUGCUGCUAAAGAAGAUAGCUUUUCUAUGGGCGUCAGGAUGCUGUCCCUUGUUAAACCGCUUCCAGCUGGUCUUCUACCUGUCCCUUGGUUCGACCAGACCGGACCAGGGACUUGCCAGCAUCAUUUGCAGCCAACUCCUAGGGACAGAGGGAUCUGUUACUGAAAUGUGCCUGCGAACCAUCAUCCAGCAGUUGAAGAAUCAAGUCUUAUUCCUUUUGGAUGAUUACAAGGAAAUGUGUUCGCUCCCCCAAGUCAUAGAGAAACUGAUUCAAAAGAACCACUUGUCACAGACCUGCGUACUGAUCGCCGUCCGCACAAACAGGGCCAGGGCCCUUCGCCGCUACCUGGACAGGACUCUGGAGAUCACGGCGUUCCCUUUCUACAACACCGUCUACAUACUACGGACGUUCUUUUUGCAUAACAUCAGCCGUCUGCAGAGGUUUAUGGUUCACUUCGGAAUGAAUGAGGAUUUGCAGGGAAUUCAGAAAACCCCCCUCUUUGUGGCUGCGGUCUGUGCCGACUGGUUUCGGCGUCCGUUCCACCAGUCCUUUGACGACGAUGCGGUGUUCAGGUGCUACAUGGAAUGCCUUUCCUUAAAGCACAGCACUUCCGCUGAACUUCUGAAAGCAACCGUGUCCUCCUGCGGCGAGCUGGCCUUGAAAGGGUUUUUUGCGUCUUGCUAUGAGUUUGAUGGCAGUGAGCUCACAGAAGCAGGGGUUGAUGAAGAUGAAGAGCUGACCAUGAGCCUGAUGAGCAGAUUCUCAGCCCAGAGACUGAGACCAGUCUACCGGUUCUUAAAUCCUGCAUUUCAGGAAUUUCUUGCUGGGAUGAGGUUGAUUGAACUCCUGGAUUCGGACAGGCAGGAGGACCAAGAUUUGGGACUUUUUUAUUUGAGACACAUUGACUCAUCCAUCAUGGCUGUAAGUCCCUAUGCCAAUUUCUUAAACUACAUCUCUAGUCACACUUCAACAAAGGCGGGACCGAAAAUUGUAUCUCACUUGCUCCAGUUGAUGAGUAAUGAAGCAUCAUUGGAGAUUAUAUCUGAAGAUGAUGACUACGCGAAGCGGCAUCCGAGGAUGUCAGAGAAGAUGCAAAUAUUUAGGAGCCUGUGGCAAGUAUCUCCGCAAGCUUACUUUUCACUGGUUUCAGAACACUUCCUGAGUCUCGCCUUAAAAAUCGCUUAUCAAAGCGACACCGUGGCCGCGUGUUCUCCAUUCGUUCUGGAAUUCCUUCGAGGGAGGACCCUGACCUGGAAGGUACUGCAGUUACAGUACUUUUUCGACCACCCAGAAAGCCUGUUGCUAUUGAGGAGUAUCCAGGUCUUGAUACAAGGAGUGAAAGGGGAGCCUAGGCCAGAUUUUUCAGUCAUGGCAGCAUGCUUGGACAAAUCGCAGGCACCGACUAUAGAUCAGGACUACGCCUCGGUCUUUGAACCCAUGAAGGACUGGGAGCAGGAGCUGGCUGAAAAAGAGGAGAGCUUGAAGAACUUCCUGAAGAUCCGACGCCAGGCACCACCGGACCUCGGUGCCGGCUACUGGAAACUCUCUCCAAAGCAGCCCAAGAUUCCGCUCCUGCAAGUCCACGUGACCAGGGCCGACGCCGUGGACCAGGACACGCUCAGGGCUCUAACGGCGGCUUUCUCAGCUUCGCAGCACAUCGAACUCCAUUUAAGCCACAGCAGAGGCUUUAUUGAAAGCAUCCGUCCAGCUCUGGAGCUGUGUAAGGCCUCCGUCACCAGGUGCUCCAUAGGCAAUGCUGAGCUCAGCCCAGAGGAGCAGGAACUGCUUCUCACCCUGCCUUCCCUGGAAUCACUUCACGUUGAGGGGACGCCCCAGUUACAAGACCAAAUCUUUCCUAACUUGGACAAAUUUCUGCACCUGAAAGAACUAUCUGUGAAUCUACAGGGCAAACUAAAUGUUUUCUCGGUCCUCCCUGAAGACUCUCCAAGCUUCCACCAGAUGGAGAAAUUACUGGUCCGCGUGUCGGCUGAGCGUGAUCCUUCCAAACUAGUCAAAAUGAUUCAGAAUUCUCCAAAUCUUCAUGUUUUCCACCUGAAAUGUGACUUCUUUUCGGAUUUUGAGUCUCUUACCACUGCACUCGCUUCCUGCAAGAAACUGAAAGAAAUUGUGUUUUCUGGAUCAUUUUUUAAAGCCAUCCCCUUUGUCACCAUUUUGCCAAAUUUUAUUUCUCUGAAGAUAUUGAAUCUUGAAUUGCAACAAUUUCCUGAUCAGGAAAUAUCCGAAAAAUUUGCCUACACUUUAGGUUCCCUUCAUGGCCUGGAGGAACUGAUCCUUCCUACUGGGGAGGCGAUUCAUCAGGUGGCCAAGCUGAUCGUCCAGCAGUGUCAGCAGCUUCCUUGUCUCCGAAUCCUCAGGUUUUUCCAGAUUCUGAAUGAUGACAGCGUGAUGGAGAUCGCUAAGGUAGCAACCAAUGGAGGUCUCCAGAAACUUGAGAUAUUAAAUCUUUCCAUCAAUCAUAAGAUCACGGAGGAAGGAUACAGAAAUUUCUUCCAAGCCCUGGAUAAUCUGCCGAACUUGCAAGAGCUGAACAUGUCCAGGCACUUCACAGAGUGCAUCAAAGCCCAGGCCCCGACAGUCAAGGCGCUGAGUCAGUGUGUGCCCCGACUGCCGCGCCUCACCAGGCUGCACCUGUUAGGUUGGCUCCUGGACACAGAGGACAUCACUCUGCUUAGUGUCACGAAGGAGAGACAUCCUCAGUCCAAGCACCUAACCAUUCUCUGGAAGUGGAGACUGCCAUUCUCUCCAAUCAUCCAGAAAUAA